UCAUUGAUCUAUUUAUUGUGUAAACAGAGCAAUUAUCAGUUCGGUAUACUUUGAAGGGAUCGGUGUAUACAUAAAAGAUUAUGCAGAACUCAAGGUAGUGACGUUAUAACCAGUCGACAUGUUUUAAUGAGUGUUCAAUUCCAAAUGAAAUCAAAAUCUGACAUGCGCUUCAGGAUCUGAAAGAUGUGACAGCCUGACGGUGGUCAUUCGAUCGGUUACGUCGACAGUCCACUAGACGAAUCAAGAAGUAGAUGGACAGAAACAAUUCUCCCAUAAGAACUGCUGUACAUAACUGUAAAUAACUUGAACAUUCAACAGUGUAUCAAUUCGUGUGGGAAAAUCAUGAAACUCAUCGACAAAGGAAUAUCUCCUUUCUGUGAAAAUUGUGAAGCUGAGCGAGACACGUAUGAAGACAACAUAUGUGUUAAUGUAGGUCUGGUUGAAGUGUGUUCAGAAAGCUUUCCUGGACCAUUUUGUAAAUGCAUCAUCAUACCAAAGCAUCACACCAUAACAAUGUAUAUGAGAAGUGGAAGUUUACUCCACACAUUCUCAACCUCUACAUUCAUUGGAGUGUUACAGGAAGUCUGCAUGCCAGAGAGUAGCCCUGGGACCAGGUGAUGGCCACUCUGCCUUUACGACACGGUUGCGACGACCACUGGACGUGGAAUCGGCGAGACCGCAGUCAUGAAGUGCGGUUGUAUGGUCCUGAACUCCGGGUAGCUCACUUCCACCCCGACUGGAGCUGUGGUACAGCAGGUGUAAGGGGAACAAGAGUCCUAAACAAUGGUCGUUAUUAUUGGGAGCUCUGUAUCUCGCAGCGUAUUUUUGGCACAAGCAUGAUGUUCGGUAUAGGUACCAGACGUGCACGGCUGCAUGUCGAUCUGUUCAGAAACCUCCUGGGCGAGGAUGAACACGGUUGGGGAUUGUCACAUAAAGGUCUGCUGUGGCACAGCGGUCGAUGGACACAUUACACAAAACCAUUCCGAGAAAAUGAAGCGACAACCGUUGGUGUUCUGUUUGAUGGCAUUGCAGGUACUCUAACAUAUUACAAAGAUGGUACCUGUCUUGGAGUUGCCUUUAAAGGACUAAAUGAGGUGCGUGAACCGCUGUAUCCCAUAAUAUGUUCUACAGCAGCCAAGACAGAGAUGACACUUGCUCUCAUGAAGCGAGACUUUGUGAAUCUCCAGGACAGGUGUCGUGCAGUGAUCCUUAAACAAGUGAGAUCUCAAUCGCAGCUUGAUAAACUGGCUCUACCACAACGUAUUAAAGCAUACCUGAGUGAACCGCUGGCAGACACUAUACAACCAUUUCAACCAGUUAACACAUAUGUAAAUUCAGUGUGACAAAUGAAAGUCUGCUCCACAUUUCAUGUUAGCCACUCAAUUUUUAUCACAUGGCAGUAAAUAUUAGUGUUUAAAGUGGGUUACAAAACAAAAGACUAUGGUGUAACAUUAUCUAGUAGAAACAUCUCAAGACAAGAGCAGAAUGCAUUACAAUGUCCUUACUAAGAGAGGUAAAAAUUAAUUAUGAUACAAUAGACAGAAACAGUUAAUUAGUGAGUAGUGAGAAUCUGGCGAUUUAUAAAAGUCACAUGGUAUAGUUUGUUUCGAAACCUCGAUCAAAGCCUCGGA